GCCGUCCCGCGGGCGCCGGCGAGGGUUAGGUCGGGUCGGCUGGGGACGCCGGUGCGCUAGCGCGGCAGGGCUCGUUGGAAGAGCGGAGGCGUCUCCCGCCGAGGGCUCACAAUGUCUGGCGUGGGAGUGGGCUCCUGCGGGGGGUCGGGCUCAGGGGCCUGUGGCGGCGGGGCGGGGGUGGCGGCCUCCUCGUCGUCGUCUCCCGGCGGAGGCGGCGGCCUGUCGAUGUUCCGCUGGCUGGAGGUCCUGGAGAAGGAGUUCGACAAGGCGUUCGUGGACGUGGACUUGCUGCUGGGCGAGAUCGACCCCGACCAGGCGGACAUCACCUACGAGGGGAGGCAGAAGAUGACCAGCCUCAGCUCCUGUUUCGCGCAGCUCUGCCACAAAGCGCAGACCGUCUACCAGAUCAACCACAAGCUCGAGGCACAGCUAGUGGACAUGAAAUCAGAACUGACAGAAACACAGGCUGAAAAAGCAGUAUUAGAAAAAGAGGUGCACGAUCAACUAUUACAACUCCAUGCCAUCCAGCUUCAACUCCAUGCAAAAACUGGUCAGAGUGUUGACUCGGGGACAAUAAAAGCAAAGUUGUCUGCCCCUUCUGUGGAGGAUAUGGAGAGAGAACUUGAAGCCAACAAGAAAGAAAAGGUGAAAGAAGCUCAACUUGAAGCUGAAGUGAAGCUACUUCGGAAGGAAAAUGAGGCACUUCGUCGACACAUAGCUGUGCUCCAGGCUGAAGUAUAUGGGGCAAGACUCGCAGCCAAAUAUUUAGAUAAAGAGCUAGCUGGAAGGGUUCAGCAAAUUCAGUUACUAGGCAGAGAUAUGAAAGGACCUGCUCAUGAUAAACUCUGGAACCAGCUGGAAGCUGAAAUCCAUCUGCACCGGCAUAAAACUGUGAUCAGGGCAUGUCGUGGUCGUAAUGAUCUAAAGCGACCCAUGCAAGUACCCCCAGGACAUGAUCCAGAUUCCUUAAAGAAGAGUCAAGGUGUUGGUCCCAUAAGGAAAGUUCUGUUGGUUAAAGAAGAUCACGAAGGACUGGGCAUUUCAAUUACCGGUGGAAAGGAGCAUGGUGUUCCCAUCCUCAUCUCUGAAAUUCACCCAGGUCAGCCUGCUGAUCGAUGUGGAGGUCUGCAUGUUGGAGAUGCCAUUUUGGCAGUAAAUGGUGUUAAUUUGAGAGAUGCCAAACAUAAAGAAGCUGUAACCAUUCUUUCGCAGCAGAGAGGGGAAAUUGAGUUUGAAGUUGUGUACGUUGCUCCAGAAGUGGACUCAGAUGAUGAAAAUGUAGAAUAUGAGGAUGAGAGUGGACAUCGUUAUCGUCUGUAUCUUGACGAAUUGGAGGAAGGUGGAAACUCUGCUUCUAAUAGAAAAUCUGGAUGUGGAGAUGUCAAACAAUUGCAAGUGUUUGAUAAGAAAGCAAGUAUUGAUGGCCAUGAAAAUGGAGACCUAGGAAAUUCAGUUGAAACAGAAGAGACUAUAUCUAAACUAGACCAAUCUGCUGAAAGCUUAGCCUAAAACCACCCCUAACUCAUCAGUGGGACUGGUCUCUUCCUCAAGACAGGUUGUGUAGACCGUUCUGCAUUCAAAAUUCCACAUAAAAUGAUAAAGGACGAUUAAAGGGAUAAAGAGAAGCUGUGUUGCUGUUGCCUGGAAAAAAGCUGUUCUGUUGGUUACCUCAGGGCUUCAUUAUGAGCGUAUCUAAAUGUGUAAAAUUUCCCAUUUUUCUAAGAAGUUGCAUGUCAGAUGAAUUUCCCUUGAAUUAUAAGCACCAAAGCAUGUUGUUUCCAAAGGCUUUUCUUGAAUUUAACUUUGGAUCUUGUUUAUGAUAAAAGGGAUAGACUAAAGCAAAAGAACUUUGAUACUUGGAUCCUCUGACUAAUAGCAGAAGCAGAAAAUUGGCAUUCAUUGAUAGAGAAGUAGAUUUUAAUGACCAUAUAUAAGGGAGACAUGAUUUCUCAGAGGUAUAUUCCUGACCUACCUAGUUGCUUUUAAAAUGUGUAUUGUAAAAAGGUAAACAGCAAAGUCAAUUCAUUUCAGAUUUUCACAAUAUACAAAAAUAAGUUUGGUUUAAAACAUACACAUACAAAACAUUUUAGCUGCUAAAUAUUUAUUGUGACGUUAAAUCUCUGAAAUAGAUCUUAGUUAUCUGUUCCUGAGAUGUUUUUCAGCAUUAUUUAAUGCAGCAUAUAUAUAUAAAUAUAUUCCUUUAAACUCUCUUGCCAAUCAAUGCUGGAUGUGAAGUAUUCUCCAAAGGUAUUAAACAGAAUACUGUUAAUUUUAAAAUGCAAAAUAAGUGUAAAAUUGGCCUUUUGGAAUUAUGUCUGUCCUUAAGUGUAGCAUGCUCAACUUACAGAAUUGUAUCAUUGGGUGGCUACCAUUCUAUGUGAACUGAAUUAGGAUGGAGUUAGAUGACCAUUCUUUCCACUGCAUAGUAUGUUUUACAGUUGCCACACAGUGCCAUCUACGUGACCCUGGGCUGUCUAAAGGAGCUCUGUGCCCUACAGGCUAACAGUACUGUUACACUUUUGACAAUGUGGCUCAUCCACAGAAUGGGAGUACAUCAUGCCUUAGAUCCUUUAACAACCUAUUUUCAUAUAUAUCCCGUCCACAUGGAUAACUGUAAAGGUUGCUGUGCAUUGGAAUGAAAAUGUGCCUCUAGUGCAGUCCAAAAAGUUUACAAAACAUUCUCUGUAGGCAUGGUUUUAUACGAGAGUUGCUAAGAGGGGCGAUUCAAAUUUUUGAUUUAAAUCCUUUGCUAUAGGAACUGAUUCACUUGACACUCAUAAGAUGGGAGGGUGGUGUUGGAUACAUAAUAAAUCAUUUAAUCUGUGGCUAAAUAGUCAUCUGAUUGCUUCAGGCUGUGUCCAGAGAUUGCUUCAUCAUACCAUUUUUACAUCUGUUUUUUAAAGAUGUAUUGCAGUGUUGUAAGGCAACAUGAAAGCGAUUGCCCAGUUUCCUGUCAUGUGUUUAAAAGUCUGUAGAUCACCAGAACUCCAUGUGAUUAGAUCCCUUGUGGAAGGUGUUCUCCAGUUAUGAUCGUGUCAUAGCGAUUGUUGUUUCCAUCCAUAAAUGCAGUGCUUGCCAUGUCAUUGGUUACCCACGCUGUGCUACAUUGAGAGAUUUGGAUCAGCUGGCCCUUAGCAAGUGGGAAUUGAGUGCAUCCUGUAUCUUGCCAGGUGAUACUUAAGACUGUGCAGGAUCACGUACCAAAUUUGUUACAGUAUAAUAGUCCUAGUAUUUUACAGAACUACGGUAUAUUUUUUUAAACCCCAAAUGUGCAAAAUAGUUUUACACCUGAAUGCCAAAGGCAUUUUUAGAAUCCAUUGGGGGGUUGUCUUGGCUAGGUUGCUGUUCAGUUAUGUGUAUGUGUGUAUGUAUAUAUAUAUAUAUGUAUGUAUGUAUCUAUAUCUUAUUAGAGCGCACACUCUCCAUAUGCAAACAGUUAAAAACCAUGUAAUAGCUUUUAUUAUAAUAGGAUAAAGCAUGAAACGCCUGCUUUCCAUUCAUUGUUCUGCGGGCCAUUAAAAUGUAACAUGUAAAGAUGUAUUUUGAGAGUGCAAAUAAUGUAAAAUGACAGCUUUGUAAGUGUUUUUAUAGAAUGUACAUAAAUUGAGAGCGAGUGAAAGGCAUUUAGUGUAAUGUCAGUUAACCUAAUGUUUAAUGUUAAAAAACCAUUGUGUUGUAGAACACAGUUAAACUUGUCUCUCCUAGGUGCACUAUAUAUAUACAUAUGUUUAUAGAGAAAUCUUUAAAAUGUAAAUACUUUAUGCAAAGAUUUUGCUAUUUAUAAAUUCUUUAACUGUUGCUCAUAAAAUAAUUUUUGUGUGUCAUUUUGCUCAUGGAACUGUAUUUGAUUUGCAGUAAAAUUUUAUAGCUGCUCCUUUAAUACUGUAUAUUAAAGUAAUCUUAACCAUGA